AUGGGCAAGAAACAGCAUCAACAGGACAAACUCUAUCUUACCACUACAGAAUGGAAAAAUUCCUUUGGUGGUUACAAGGGUGCUACCAAAGCGAAUGCUGAUUUUCGUCGGUUGCCAUUCAAUUGUUGUAGCAUCUCAUUUCUACCCGUAGAAAAUCCGUAUUGUACACCUGAUGGCAUUGUCUUUGACCUUGCUUCUAUAGUUCCAUUUUUGAAAAAGUUCGGUCGUAAUCCCGUCACAGGCGACAAGCUUGAAGCGAAACAACUAACCAAGUUAAUUUUUCACAAAAAUCAGAAAGAUGAAAUUCAUUGUCCAAUAACUUUCAAAGUACUGACUGAAAGUUCACACAUUGUGGCCAUACGACCAUCGGGUAAUGUCUAUAGUUACGAUGCUAUCGACCGUUUAAACCUUAAGACCAAUACAUUUAACGAUCUCUUGACGAAUGAAUCAUUCACACGGGAAGAUAUUAUCACAAUUCAGGACCCAAAAAAUUUGGAUAAAUUCAACAUUCAAUCAUUUGCACAUUUGAAAAAUGAUUGGAAAUUAGAUGAUGAGGAUGAGAAAGCUCGUCGAACAGAUCCAAACUAUUAUUUGAAAUAUAUCAAUAAUGAAACUGCUGCAACUCUACAGCAAAUCAAGAGUGCACCGUCGAAAGAAUUCAAGGAAAGGUCUGAAACAAGUAUCUAUUCGAGUAAACAAGUCAAACCUAAUCAGCAACAUUUGGAUGAAACAAAUACGGCGACGUAUUCAACUGGUCGUUUGGCUGCAUCAUUCACAUCGACAUCGAUGGACCCAGUGACAGUCAUGGAAGCAGCUGUUCGUGACGAAAACGAAAUUCGUUACGCAAGGAUAAAAAAUGGUAAAAAGAAAGGCUAUGCGCGAAUGGUUACCAACUUAGGCGUAAUCAAUAUUGAGCUGGAUUGUGAUCUAUGUCCGCAAACGUGUGAGAAUUUUAUUAAACAUUGUGCAGAUAAAUACUACGUCGGAAGCAAAUUUCAUCGAUCGAUCAAAAAUUUUAUUAUUCAAGGCGGUGAUCCGACAGGUACAGGCCAUGGUGGAAAAUCAAUAUGGAACAAACCGUUUCGAGAUGAGUGUAAUUCGAAAUUACAACACACUGGAAGAGGGAUGUUGAGCAUGGCUAAUUCAGGCCCAAAUACCAAUAAAUCUCAAUUUUUUUUCACCUAUCGCUCGUGCAAAGGGUUAAAUGGUAAACACACUGUGUUCGGAAAAAUCGUUGGUGGUAUUGAGACACUCAGUGCAAUGGAAGCAAUUCCAACGGAUGAAAAAGAUCGGCCACAAAGCGAUAUUAUUAUUGAAGACACAAUCGUAUUUGUCAAUCCAUACGAUGAAGUUGACGCUGAACUAAAAGCUGAACGAGAACGUCAAGAUAAGCGUGAAGCGAAUGAAGAGAGACUCAAUGGAACUGUACGAUCCGCCAAAUCUACCGCAGUAGCAACAGGAACAAAGAGCUCGACAGCAUCCACCUCGUCCUCGGAACAAACAUUUCGAUCUGGAAUUGGAAAAUAUAUUUCCAAUCAAGUUUAUUCAAGUGCGAAACAAGCUGCACCCACCUCCGACGAAGAUAACGAAUAUGCACAAAAGAAAAAACGUAAACUAGCAGCAGCUAGCUCAGGUGGAUCAUUGAACUUUAGCCAAUGGUGA